AAGCUGCACUUGCCGAGCGUCAGGUUUUAACUCACAAAUAUUUACUUCACACAAAGUUGUGAUCGUAUGUUGUCUUGUUUUGUUAUCUUAUUUUUAAAUUGUUAAUGGUUAGAUUCUGCACAAUUUGAGUUGGGUAAUACCAGCCAAUUUAUGUUUCUCUCUAAAUGAUGCGCUAUUCUCAGUUGAUUUAAAUUUGUUCUCUUAGUUGUUCAAGUGAAGAAAAUGCUUUUAAUUUUUGCAGCUGACCUCUGUUGUUUGCAGCUCCAUAAUAAACUAAGGCAGGAAGCAAAAGAAAGAGGAGAGCGAUAUAAAGUUACCAAGUUGAGACGAAAUAUUGAAAUGGAUGAGUAUGAUUUGAUCCAUUGGCGUCGAUCAUUCGAGGAAAGAGAGGCCCUGAUCAGGGAUAUCAGCUGCCGUCAAGCCCUUGGCCUCCCACUGGAAGAGCCAGGAAAAUAUGUAGAUGCCAGCUAUUUUGGAAAGGAUCAAUAUGAUCCUUCAAACCCUUUAUAUCGGUAUGACUACUGGGGGGAACCUAAGAAUUCAGAAAAGAGUAAGCAACAGCGGAUGACAGAUGCCCACAACAAAUCUAUUGUUGGCAAGGGUACUGUUUGGUAUGAAAUGUCUUAUGAAGACGCUAUCAAGCAGCGGAUGAGGAGGGAAGCCCAAGGAAUCAUGCAAAAAGAGGAUGAUGAAGAAGAUACAGAUAGAGAUCGCGACGAUGACGAUGACGAUGAUGACGACGACUUCGAUUACAGCAUUCUAGGCGAACCUAGUGUGGAUUUGUCCAACCAACCUGUUGUUAACGGGACAGAAUCUUCUAGAUUGUCAGAUGAAGGAAUGUUUGAGAAUUAGCUUUAGAGAAAGAUUGCAUAGCAGCAGUGAUGUUUUUGUUUUAUGUACAGUAAGAGGUACAGUCGAGAGGGAAAUGUGCAGGACAAGUCCAUUCUUGUUGCGGAAUAGAUUGAUUAUGAGCUGCCUGACCUGAAAAUUUGUUGAUGCUACUACAGAAGGAAGAAUUUUGGCCUAAAUUACAACCACCCGACGCACAAUGUUUCUCUGAAUACGUUAUGGGUUACGGGUCGCUGUGUAUUGUAUAUUUGCGGUGAUUGAUUUUUUGGAAUCAUUAUUGUUGGUAGGGGUGUCAAAAUGUGACAUAAUUCGUUAAUAGGUACGAACACUAUACGAAAUUAAAAGGUUUAGGUCUUCUUUAAGUCACCCGUUUUGUAAUCAAGUAGAUUCGACACGAUACGAUUCAUAAACGAAUUGAGUAUGUGUGAAGUCAAUU